AUGACGCUGUCAGAGCCUCUACCUCACGACCAGACGCUGUCAGAGCCUCUACCUCACGACCAGACGCUGUCAGAGCCUCUACCUCACGGCCAGACGCUGUCAGAGCCUCUACCUCACGACCAGUCGCUGUCAGCGCCUCUACCUCACGACCAGACGCUGUCAGAGCCUCUACCUCACGACCAGACGCCGUCAGAGCCUCUACCUCACGACCAGACGCUGUCAGAGCCUCUACCUCACGACCAGUCGCUGUCAGAGCCUCUACCUCACGACCAGACGCUGUCAGAGCCUCUACCUCACGACCAGACGCUGUCAGCGCCUCUACCUCACGACCAGUCGCUGUCAGCGCCUCUACCUCACGACCAGACGCUGUCAGAGCCUCUACCUCACGACCAGACGCUGUCAGAGCCUCUAGAGACGCUGUCUCUACCUCACGACCAGACGCUGUCAGAGCCUCUACCUCACGACCAGACGCUGUCAAGAGCCUCUACCUCACGACCAGACGCUGCCAGAGCCUCUACCUCACGACCAGACACUGUCAGAGCCUCUACCUCACGACCAGACGCUGUCAGAGCCUCUACCUCACGACCAGACGCUGUCAGAGCCUCUACCUCACGACCAGACGCUGUUUCUACAUUAUGA